GGCCGGUGCGGCCCGGGGGAGAGUGCACUCGGUUUGCUACAUAGCAACGACGACGAUCCGAGCGAAGAAACAAGAAGCGAAUCGAGAUCGAGGGGAGAGGGAGGAGGUCGCUGUCGGAUCGAUCGGAACGAGGAGGAGCGAGGCGCGACUGGCAGAGAUGGAAAAUACGCGGACAUGGGUAACGGUGCUGCUCGUCGGUUUGAGCAUGGUCGCGAUGGCAUUGCCAGCAGCAGCAGGAACAGAUUUUAAUUCCGACGACCCGCUCAUUUCGCAAGUGAUCGACAGGCAGGCGGGCGGCGGCGGCGAUGGAGAUGAUGAAUUGGGGAGUGCGAAUUUCCUCGAUGCCGCCAGCUUGAUGCUGGAUGCCGAGUUGCAUUUCAAGAAUUUCGUGAGGAAGUAUAAUAAAGUGUACGGGAGUGUGGAGUUCGCCAAGCGGUUGGCCAUUUUCAAGGAUAACUUGCUCCGAGUUGUUGAGAACCAGGCUCUGGAUCCCGAGGCCCAGCAUGGUAUUACUCCGUUCAUGGAUCUUUCUGAGGAAGAGUUCGCCGGCCGCUACCUGGGUUUGUUGAACCAACCCGACUUUGUGACCAGAUCGGGCAAGGAGAUUCCUAGCCUUCCCACUGAAGACCUCCCUGCCAAUUUCGACUGGCGCGAUGCUGGUGCCGUCACCGAAGUCAAGAAUCAGGGUGCAUGCGGUUCUUGCUGGGCGUUCAGCACUACUGGGGCAAUUGAGGGAGCACAUUUUCUCCAGACUGGUAAACUUAUCAGUCUGAGUGAACAACAGCUCGUCGAUUGCGACCAUCAGUGUGACCCUCAGAUGCAAGAUGCCUGCGACUCAGGGUGCAACGGAGGUUUGAUGACGAACGCUUAUGAAUAUGUCAUCAAAGCUGGUGGACUGGAAAAGGAGUCGGAUUAUCCUUACACAGGAACUGAUGGCAAGUGCAAAUUUGAUUCCAACAAGAUCGUGGUCAAAGUUUCGAACUUCACCAAUAUUCCAGUGGAUGAGGCCCAAAUUGCUGCCAACCUGGUCAAGCAUGGUCCUUUAGCUGUCGGAAUCAACGCGGCAUUCAUGCAGACCUACAUUGGAGGAGUCUCCUGCCCCAUCAUUUGCAGUAAGAAGAGACUAGAUCACGGGGUCCUCCUUGUAGGAUAUGGUGAUCAUGGUCUAGCACCUCUACGCCUGAAAUACAAGCCUUAUUGGAUCAUCAAGAACUCAUGGGGAGCUUCUUGGGGUGAAAAUGGAUACUACAAGAUCUGCCGCGGACAUGGAGAAUGUGGAGUGAACACAAUGGUAUCAUCUGUUGCGGCUGCUUUUCUGGAGUCCUAGGGAGAGAUUAUAGUACUAUACAGACUGGAGUAAGUAGUUAGUUGCCCGGCCCAACAGCAGAUGAUGUUGUGGUUGUUCACAUGUACUGCAGAUCGACGUAGAUGACUCUGUGAAUAUGUAAAUACAACUAGAUCGAAAUAGACUAACCUUGACAAUUGCAAAGACUUUGCUGCAUCCCGUGGAGGGAAGAAAAUAUUAGGCCUGAGCAUGCAAAAAAGGGUCUUCUGUCGCUGACCCAAUAAAAAUAGGCGUGAUCCGAAUUGUAUAAGAAAAUGUCGUGCGAUAUACUUAGGUAGUUACGUGCAAUACGCCUGCGGAAGUGACAUUAUGCACCAUGAGCUGGUUCAUAAUUGUCACUAGGCAGCUACAUUGAUCAUAUGAUAUAUAAUGAGCCUUAGAGAACUCAACGGCACUUCAGAAACGAUAAGUGUAGUUUUAUUGACACUUCCCGCGUUGAUUUCCUUGCCGUCUUCAUUCUACAUUAUUUGGUUUUAGUCCUAAGGGCUACGUGUUCCCACCUACCUAUCCGAAAUUUUGGGAUAGUGAAAUCGGCUAAGCACUUCUACUUGACAUAGUGUUUUCUGCCAUUACACCCAAACAGGGAGCAGGUGCUUACCUUUCUAUGGGUCUGGAAGUUUAUUCUCCUAGUAAGUUUAUUCACAAGGAGAAUAAACUUACCAGUGAGUUACACUUAACAUUUACAAACGACACUGACAGUGAUGCUGGUUUUACUUCAAUCAUCAUCAUUGGUACUUGUGGUCUGAUCGUCUUAGUUCUUAGUCUAAAGACAAAGUCAUCAGAUGUAAUUCUAACGUUGAGAAGAAAUAGCUAUACAGCUGUUUUGGAUAUCAACGUCUUAUUCUUGGUUGCUUUGGCAAACCAUAAGAAGAAUCAUGUCUCUCUGUUUUUCAAAAUUGUCAUCAGAUGUAAUUCUAACGUUGAGAAGAG